UUGUUGUUUUUUAAUUUUUCGGGACAGAAAUCGAAAAAAGUUCUGGAUUAUGGACGCGGAAUCCAGCAGAAUCCCGCGCGGGAUCCUGUCCUUUUCUAUUCAUUAAAUAAAUUUAAAUGUUUAAUUAACUUAUUUUUAGUAUUUAAUUAAAAAAUGAGCAAGGAUCGCAAAGUUAUUGAGCACGAAGGAGAAGGUCAAUGGCAUAAAUCACAUAUAAUUGAAGAAGACGAAGUGCCAGAUGUUGUUAAAAAUAAAAUGCUUCCAAAACUCAACCUUAUACCUGAAAUUCAACUUGAUGUUUUAAAAUAUUUGGAUUUCACCCAAUUAUUAUCUGUUCAACAAACAAAUGUUUAUUUCGAAAAUUUUAUUUAUGAACAUGGAAGAGUAUUGGCAAAGAAGAAAUUCUUUGGGCUUGAAAUUUAUCCAAUCAAUGAAGGACAAUUAAACCAUUUUAAAGAACGUAUGCCGCCGCUUAACCUUUAUUACUUUAAAUGGGACGAACACAAGCCUUGUGAACAAAAGCAAAAAUUCUUCAAACUAGAACCUCAACUUUAUGAAUUUCAAUUGAGUGAACAACUUGAGGAAAAGUGGAAGGAUGCAAUAGAAAAACAAAUUCCUUUAUUUUUAUCGAUUGAUGAUUUUUCUGCUGUCAUUUUUGAAUUGGAACAAAGAUUCAAAUGGGGUACAGAGCAAUACUACUUCCAAUUGCCGAUUAUUCCAACAAAUAUUGAGGAAAUGAAAAUUACUCGUUAUUACUUUGAAUUACUUUUUAACUGUGCUUUCGAAGUUUUUGAAGUUUCUCGUCUUAUAAUUAAUCCGCAAAUGAUUGAAUUAUUAUUUGAUGAAAAUAUAACAAAUCUACCUUUACAAAUACAUUCACAUUUAAUCAAUAUAUCUUUUUUGGGUGAUUAUUCGUUGAACUUCAUUUUGAACCAUUUGAUUGCUAAUAAUCUUGCCAUUGAUUUUGAUGCUGUAAAAGAUAUUGACGUUUUAUUUCAAAUUUUGGUAAAGGAAGAUAAAUUUUCCAAAAUUACUCUUCAAUAUAUUAAUUCAAAAUCUUACUUUUUCAUUAUUGAGGUUUGUAGAUUUUAUUUUCGAUAUAAACUAGCGGUUCCCCUACCCCUCUUGUUUCAGGGCUGCUACAUGUUGAUUAUGGGUCGGGCAAAAUUUUUUGAUGUGUUUAUAAAAAAUUGUUGGGGCUCAAAAUGGCCAAUUCAUUUUAUUCAGUAGUGUCCUAGAACUAAGCUUUUCGAACCUUUAUCUAGAUUUUCAUAAUUUAAAAAUUAAUUAUAAUUUAAUUUUAGCAUAUAGAAACAUCACAGAACCUUUCUAAAAUUGUCAAAGAAGUUAAAUUUAUUUUUCUUGAUGGAUCGAAUAUUAAAAAUGAGAGAGCAAAAAAUAUUAAAAUCAAGGUUGAAGACAAUGAAAAAAUUUCAAAAUAUCAACUCUCUAAUAAAUACAAUCCAAAAAUGAAGUUUUCUGUAACCAAUGUAGAAUAUGCGUCUG